AUGGCUCCCUCCAAGCGAAAGACGUGGGUCGACGUCUACGAUCCAGAGACGGGCCAUUAUAAGCCCGAGUUGGUCACAAAAGGUCAAUCUUCAGGCCCAUCUUCUGGUGAAACUUCCGGUGCAAAGUCGCCUGACAAAACACAAACAGAGACGAUCGAUUACAGCGUUAAACAACCGCAAGGAAAUGCGCGUGAAGUCUCCGAAUCGUCGGGGGCUAACAAUAGCACCUCGGAUGGACUCGCUGUCGAGAACGGAACUUAUCGCCCUAAUAAUCCAACUUCUAGUAAAGUCGAACCUCUACUGGUAGCUAGAAUUGAACCGAGCCCAAAUAUAUGCAAAGGAUUAUCACAAAGCCGUUGGGCGCCGAAAGAUAUCAAGGAGGCCAAAAGUGUUGAACAACUCACUGCGGGUGUCAGCACCGAUAAAGUCGAAGUCAAAUCAAACACAAUUCCGAAGAAGACGGAUGACUUGAAUAAACCUAUCGAUCCUCAUGCGGUAAAGGAGGUGUCUGAGACGGUCGUUACUGACCCAGUAGACGUUGUCGAGAAAGACUUCCAGCCUCCCGAGCCCAUAAAAGUGUCUGAAAAUACCGAAGAGAAUGCUACACAAGAGCUUCAACAGGUUCAACUUCGUACUCAGGCAAUACAUUCCUACGUACCAGGCCGUCCUGAGAAAUACAUCGAGAAUUGGGUUCAGCCAACCCCUGAGAUAAUUGUAGAUCUCCACCCUGAAGGAGUUGCAAAUCCCGAACAAUGUGAUGUGGACACAGGGAAUGGUCGUCUUAUGUCCCCUGUGGUGCAUGUUUCUGAGAUGGCGCAUGCAGUCGGGGAGAGCUCAGGGGAAACUCUCUGUAAUGCCGAACCUCAUACCGAGAGCGAGAUGUCCGUAAAUCUCGAUGAGAAAAGGGAAUAUAAAACUGAAGAGGACGCGCCUAGAGAGCUGCUCGAAGUUCCUUUAGUCUAUCAUGAGAGAAAGUCCAAUCCGCGCGAGAUUAGAAUACCGUGUCAUCUUCGACCGGCGCAACAUGCCGACAUGAUGCAGGUAGCAGCAUUGUAUAAUGAAGAGAUGAAUGCCAGCUACAAGACAGUGGACAAGCGACAAGUCGCUUUGGAUAAAUGGGUUCACAUCUACAACGGGUGCGCCACUGAGAAGAUGCCUUUCUUUGUUGCUGUUGAAGGGUGGUACAAUAAGGCUGCUGAGAACAAUGGUCCGGUGAUUGCAUUUGCCGUAAUAGACGUCGCUGUCCGAGGUCUCUUCGGCUCGUACAAGACGUAUGCGGCGCCUUGUGGUAAACUUACAGUCAUCGUGCAUCCCGACUAUCGUCGUCGGAACAUAUGCUCAGCAUUGCUCGAUGCAGUUUUUAGCUGCUGUUCAACGUACUACGAGUCGCGAGAGGGAUAUGAGUUUGUGAACGAGAGCAAAGACUGCAGAUACAUGACACCGGACCACAAUCCUCGAAAAUGGAAUUUCAUCGAUAUUGAAGCAGUUAUCCCAAGUGGCCCCUCAAAAAGGGCGGUUGAGCAGAAUGAACGAUUCAAGUGGAUGGCUUCCUACCUCGACCGGUACUUCGACAUGACGGUCGUUUACCACGACGAAAAGUUAUACCAAGAUGAUCGAUAUGUUAACCUAUGGCUCGACAGGAUUACCUUCCGACAUCAAUGUCGACCCCUAGGAUCCUAAGCAUAUCAACCCUAAUAUCACCUUGCCAGGCAUACUACCCGGAAGCUGAGAAAGCUAUGUACCUUGCUUGGACUCUUUUCGCAUACAGCAACAGAAC